AUGAAGGCUGCCGGAAAAUUCUAUACCUUUCCUUGGAAAAUAGAAAUGAGAUUGAGCAGAAUAUGGCUUGUAAUGCUGUUGCUUUUGGUUUCAAACCUGUCUCGUAUUCAAGGGCAAACCCCAGAGACCACGCUACCAGAAAAUGGAACAGAAACAAGAUUAGCAGAUGACACAGUAAGACCUGAUCCUUUGGAAAGCCUCAAAAAAUACAGGGGAGGAUAUGACAUCACCAACGUCCAUUAUUGGAGCUCAACUGCUUACACAGGAAUAGCAGGAUACGUACUUGGGGCCCUAUGGCUCUUAUGCGGCGUCGUAUUUGUAAUAUUCCUUGUGGCAACCACUUGUUGCAAAAGAAACAGUAAACUCAAGAAACACAAGACCCCACCAUCAUCCCACAAGCAAUAUUACCUAUGGCACAUACUUCCCGCAGCCUUCUUCACCCUUUUAGCCAUAGUUGGAACAGGGUUAGUAAUUGGAGGAAAUGCCAAAUUCCAUUCUAGGGCAGAUAAGAUUAUUGAUAUCAUUAUUGAUACAGCCGAUGAUGCAUCUGAGACAAUAUAUAAUACAACGGGAGCAAUGAAGAUGACACGUACAAAUCUACAAGGAACGAAUGUUGAAGCAAGAACAAUACGCUUCCUUGACUCCACUUCCAGGCAACUUGACUCAACAGCAGAUGAUAUACAACGGCAAGCUAGAAAGAAUCGGCGCAAGAUUGAUCUAGGCCUUCGCAUACUGUAUAUUGUAAGCACUGUUAUUUUCGCGCUUAACUUGAUUGCGGUUAUUGCCUUAACAUCCGUGGGGGUCGUAAAAAUAAGACGCGCUCUUCACAUAUUGAUAGUUUUGUGUUGGUUAAUCACGGUUCUAUGUUGGGUGUUCUUUGGGGCUUACUUCUUUCUAUCACGAUUUGGGGGUGAUACAUGCACUGCACUCGAGGGAUUCCAACAAGAUCCUUACAACAACAGCUUGAGCUCAAUCCUUCCAUGUGAUGAAUUACUUUCAGCCGAAUCAGUACUUAAUGUUGUCAGUGCUGGCGUUUACAACCUCGUGAACCAGGUGAAUGCUAACAUAACUCGAAUGCAAAGAGAUUCUUCUUUUGGAGUAUGCAAUCCGUUUUCAGGGCCACCUGAGUACAAUUACCAGCCAAACAACUGCUCCGAAAACGACAUCCAGAUAGGAGACAUCCCUGAGCUGUUGAAACUGCUUACAUGUGUUGAUCCUGUUGACGGAGUCUGCAAUGGAGGGAUUCCUAUAUCAGGCAACGACUUUAGGACAGCAGUGGGUUAUGCAUCUUCCAUUCAAAUACUCUUAAACUCCUAUCCAGGAAUGGAAAGCCUCCUUCAUUGUCAAACAGUGAAGGAUGCAUUUUCAGAAAUCCUUGAGAACCAUUGCAAACCCUUAAAGAGAGAAGUAAAGAUCGUAUGGGCAGGAUUGGUGUUUCUAUCAAUUGUAAUGGUGUUUUUAGUUCUUACAUGGACCUUUGAGGCAUACCAUGAACACAACCAUCGGUUUUCAGAUGGAUCUGUGAAGCCUCAUCAUGUAGAUGACACGAUAGAAUCUGGCAUGGUAGAAGAAAACACACAAAAAAAUAGUGUAAAUAGAAAUUAA